AUGGAUAAAUUAUUAUGUGAACCUAACAUUAUUUCAAAGUAGCAGUAGUAUAGAUGGCCUUGGCUAUUCCAGAUGGAUUACUAACUAUUAUUAUAACCUGAUAGCUUAAGGAGAUCAAACAAUGAUGAAUAACAAAGCUAUAUUUCUUAAAUUACCUCCUUAGGAUGCUCAACUAUCAUUAUUACUGAUACUUUGAAACCAAUUAAAUUUGUUUUAAAGAAAGUGAAGUCUUAUCAGGAAUGGUCAUAUCAAUAAAAGUAUUCCAUUAUGAAGGUAUCUUUUUAAACAGAAAGAAAGAUUGGUUGCUAAAGAUGUCUAACUUGUUGAAGGAAAUAGUUUAAACAAUAAAACUGAUCAAAAAUUAUUCGAAGUAGUCUUAAAUGUUAUUUCUAAUUCAGUUUCAUUUAAUCAAAAUAUUUUAAUUGGUUUUGUUAUUUCAUAAUAAGUCAAAAUAGGUACAUUUUUUAUGUUAGAAUCUAUUUUAUCUAAAUUUUCAAAUAAUUUAAUCAAAAAUAUAGUCUUUUUAUUUCCAGAUUGUACAGAUGAAGAUCCUAAAUAGAAGGUAAUAUUGUAGUCUAAAGCAGAAAUAAUUAAUGGAAUACAAUCUCCUGUGUUCUAAAUGAUACCAAAAAUGAAUAAUUUUUGGUAUCUCAAAUUUAAUACUACAGCUUUAUUUAUAGAAAAUAAAACAUAAGAAAAUCGAAUUUCAUGGGAAAUUGGGAAGAAUAGUUUUUAAUUGCUUCUUUAAGAUUAUUUAUCACAUAAAUUCGAUUACAAUAAACUAUAAGAUAUGAGAAAUAAGUAUAAUGAGUUUAUCAAUAAGAAUUUUUCAGAGAUUAAAGGCUAAUUGAACAAUAAGUUUUUGUACUUGUAUAGAAGAGACAAUUUUGAUAAGCAGAAUGAGUAAACUAAAGAGUAAAUCAAUAACAAGUGGAGUGAGAUAAGUAGUUAUUUGACUGAGAUAAAUAGUUAUUAAAAUAAUAGUUAAUACUAUUAUAAUAUAAAAGACAAAAGCAAAGAAUGGUUAAUAAGGAGUAAUUUAGACAGCAUAAUUAAAUAUGGAGAUUAGAGUUAUAAAAGCACUAUCACUUAAAUUGAAGAAUUCUAAACUUUAACAAAAGAUUAAAAAGUGUAUAAUAAAGAGUUUGAAGAGUUUUAUGAUAUGUUUAAAAAUUUAGUGAAUUUAAUUUAGUAAGAUUAUAAUCCAUGGCGAUUGUAUUUCAAAUUUCAUGCAAUAUUAAUUUCUAUUAAUAGGUAUCAAUGGAAAUAUUAUGAACAUUUAAUUUCCAAAGAAUAAUUAUAAAAGUAAGAUGGUUGGGAAAAUAGAGUCAAAUUAUUAAAAAAAACUAGGAAAUUCUUCUUUUACUCUGAUGGUUAAUCAGAUAUGCUUAAUUUAGAUCAACGUAUUAAAGAAUGGUCUGAUAAAUAUCUUAAUCAGAAAUCCCGUAUAGUUCAAUUUUUCCUUAUUUAGAGAUAUGAAUAUCCAGAUAAAGGUUCUGAGCUGUAUUUUGAUGAUAAGAGAAAAUUUGAGUCAUUUAAAUUCGCUCAUGACAGAUUUAGUAUUUAAUACAGAAUAAAUUCUGAUUGUUAAAAGAAUUUUGAUGAAUUCAUUAAUAAAAUUUGGGAAAUCGUAUUGAAUUGA